CUCACAGAAACAACGAGUUGAAUUCGACGCCAGUUGUACCCAGUUGCUUCAUCGCUCCUGUACUUGGCAGUGUUGUGUCAAAUAAUUUAUUAUAAAUCUUAGUUUUUAUUUCGCAAUGUAGAAAGUCAUCAAAUAUACAACGACCCGAUGAUCUGUGCUGGAUUUUUAUCGUUACUCACGUUCACGUUCACGUUAUUCAAAAGUUAUAAAACAUUUUCAAGUGUAUGAAUGGUGUUGGAGUGGUGUUGGAAUGGUUUUGUAUUGAGCUUUCUUUAUUAAUCAUCAAUCGUUGAUCAUUUUCAAGAAGCGCUCAAUUAUUGACUCUCUUUAAUUGACUCGAGUGACUCCAGUUCUUUCGAGUGGAUGAAAAUGUUGAGCUAAAAAAUAAUACCGUAUUGUUACUUGAUUAUGAUGUUGAGAGAAGCGCGUGUGAGUCUUCGGGUGAAGUUUCAUGUUGUUCUGGAUUAGUGAUGGUCGUUCUCCAUCUAUGACUCAUGGGAAUUUUAUUGCCUUUAAUGGGUGUGUUUUCGUUUAUUAAUUCAGUGUUUUUAAAUUAAUAAUAUUGUGAGUUAUGAUGGGGGUAUUGAAAUGGAGAUACGAUCUUAGAUCGGAUGGCGGUCCACAACAGCAACAGCAGCAAAAAGCUAACGGUCAUACUAGGGCACUCCCGAAACACAUGACCCAGACAUUGCGAGAUGAAUCUCAUACCUCAACUCCAUCCUUACAACUGCCUACACCCCUGUCUUCGCCAACGCCAGGGGGUGAUGAACCCCUGGGACGUGCCCUGAUGGAAGCGGUAAUCAAACAAGCCAAUAGUGAUACUCAGAAGCAGCUGCCACUAGUUGUGACACCACCGGGUUAUUGGGUAGAUGGUACAGAUCAUCGACAUGUCUUUGAUUUUGCGGGUAGAGCAAUGCUGCCGACACAGUCCGCAUGGCAGCCCAGGAUCGACCAGGAUGACACCGCCAAAUGCUAUCGUCGAUUUUUCGUCGGCAGGGAGCAUGUGAAUCUUGUUGGCAGAGAUAAUGAAAAUGGGCCUGUACUUCUGUCAGUGAAGGCAGAAACAGUGGCUGGACAGGAACAUUGGAGAAUACUCCUGCGAUUACGAACAGGCUCAACACAUGAACUCGUCGCGACAGCCAAUCUCGGACCGAAUGUAUCACCCGCCAAAAUGAUUAAGGCAAUCAAUGAGUCCCUCAGUGUGACAACGUUAAUGCCGGUUGUUUGCUCCGGUGCAGGAAGCUUGAUAGCUCGAUACGACGAGCACGCAUUAGUGAGUAGAUUUAAAUUUGGAGUGCUACAUCAGAGAGCCGGCCAGGUCACCGAAGAACAGCUGUUUGGUAAUCGUCAAAUAACACCGGCCUUCCAGGAAUUUCUGGAUCUUCUGGGACAAACGAUUGACCUGAGAGAUCACAAAGGAUAUCGAGGUGGUCUUGACACACAACAUGGCCAAACAGGUGACACAGCAGUUUACGAAGUAUUUCGUGGUCGUGAAGUUCUCUUUCACGUGGCAUCUCUUUUACCGUACAGUCCUGGUGACCCUCAGCAGUUGCAACGUAAACGUCACAUUGGAAAUGAUAUCGUAGCAAUAAUAUUCCAGGAAGAACCGACCCCCUUCAGCCCGGACAUGAUCGCUAGUCAUUUUCUCCAUGCAUUCAUCGUAGUACAGGUCAUUGAACCGUGCACAUCGAAUACCAGAUAUAAAGUGAGCAUUACAGGACGUGAUGAUGUUCCCUGGUUUGGCCCGGCAUUGCCGAUACCCUCAGUGUUUCCUAAGAGUGUUGAAUUCAAAGAAUUUCUCCUCACUAAACUUAUAAAUGCUGAGAAUGCGGCGUACAAGGCCGAAAAAUUUGCCAAACUCGAGUUGAGGACACGCUCUGCACUUUUGGAAUCUCUCACUGAAGAGCUUCAAUCUAAAACGAGCGAUUUUUUGGGCUCGGGAAUUGGACUGGGAUCUAGUGGAUUAUCAAGCUGUCCAAUGAGUCCUUCUGCAAACGACAGCUCGACAUCAGGUAGCAGCGGAAGUGGCUCACGAUUUAUAGAUACUGUUCGAAAGGCUCUCACUUCGAGGGUGAAAAAUGCAUCGACAGAGUCAAUGCCUCAGCAUUUAUCGAAGAAGAGUCAAUCUGAAGGUGGUCAAUCGAGUAAUCGUCAAUCCACAUCGAAACCUCUGGGAAAACUCGUUAUUGAACCCACAAGUCCUUCAGGGUUAUCAGAUUCAGUAUUAGCUCCGGAUUUCGAGCAAGAGAGUUUCAGCACACGCAGACAGGAAAAUAGUGUAGUAAAUCCUGACAAUGAUACGUGUAAAUCAAAUGCUGUGAUUUUUCACGGUGAUGAUGUUGAUAGAACAGAAAAUGAAGAUGGUUCGAUGCAGAAUGUUGGAAUUGUCAGAGAUACCCCUAAAGUUCAUUUAAACAAACCAAAAAUCUCAUCGAUACCCACUUCUCCACGAGUAACGCAGGAAAAGUGGAAGAAACGCAGUGAUAAAUUAGAUAAAACUACCACACCUGUGCAGAGAGGUGUGUCUGAGAGUGAUGAUAGCUCAUUGAACAGUGAAUUAGAGCUAGACCAAAUUCUUUACCCUGAUAGUGAUACUGGGCUUGAAUCAAUGAGUUCUGCUGAAACUCACGAGGUCAGAUCCAAUAAUAAUGGAAUUAACGAAAAUGAGAGUUUAAAACAACAAGUUACUCGACUCAAGUGUGAUAAACUGGAUUUGCUCAGACAGAAUGUGACCUGUCAACGAGACAUCAAACGGCUGCGCGAAAAAGAAUUACAAUUACAAUCAGAGUUGACCGUUGCAUCGAGAGAGAUUCUACGACUCCGCACAAUGCUCAAAGAUUACUCAUGCAGUUCUCCAUCGGAAUUGAAUAAUCGAUAAGCAUCAACGUAUGAAAAAGUAUCGCAGGAAAUAUUCGAGAAUUCCAUUAUUACUAAUAUGGAACAUGAGUGCAUCGAGGAAUGCAUAGGAUUGACUUGUAAUUAUUCUGGAUACCUUCAUCGAUAUUUUAAAGGUUUUAGUUUUCCUUGUAGUCAUUGUGUAAUGAUACCUGGAAUUUUUUCUAUUGACUUUAUUACUCCUUCCGUCAUUCUAUCCCGUAAUACGACACAUAACACAUACCAAAGUUUAAUUUAAAAAUCUGUGUGUACGUCUUGGCAUUAUUCAAAUAGUAAGGAUGAGUACAAUCCCAAUUAUUGAGUUUUAGAUGGUGGUAAAAUCUCAUAAGAGAACGUAGAAACUCAUGUUAAUUCCGUACUCGAAUACCUACUACUUCCGAAGAAAAAAAUGUACAUGUAAUGUGAAUAUUAUUAAAGAAUAACAUUAAAA